GUCGAAUUUCCACAGAUGAGAAGAGUUCGUGCUUCCCACGAAAAUUCCCUCAGCCGAGUGGAGGUCCUUCUUUAAAAAGAAACCAUGUAGCCUCCCCAGCGUCUUGAUUCUGACAAUGUGUCCGUCUCCCAAAUUUACCCUCAAAGCCAACAUCAUGCGAUCUUUGACAUUCCUCGCCAUCCUCGCCGCAGUGCCCUCUGCCUUAGGGGCCAGCAAGCCACAAAUGGGUUGGAACUCAUGGAACACGUUCAAGCAGAACAUCAAUCAGACUCUCAUCGAGAACAUCGCAACGGCAAUAGUGGAAAAGGGCCUAGCCAAGGCAGGAUAUAGCUACGUCGUCAUGGAUGAGGGCUGGCAGGCUCUCGAGCGAGCUGUCGACGGUCAGCAGCAGCAUAAUGCAACCCGUUUUCCGUCGGGUAUCUCUGCUCUUGCAAAACACGUACAUGCUCUAGGCCUCAAAAUAGGCCUCUAUAGUGACUCGGGAAUCUUUGGCUGCGGCUUCACCCCCGGCUCCUGGGGCUACGAAGAGCUCGACGCUCAGACCUACGCCGCCUGGGGCAUCGACUACCUAAAGUAUGACAACUGCGGUGGCUUUCACGCGGGCACGCACACCCAGCAGGAACGCUUCCAGACAAUGUCGUCCGCCCUCCUGGCGACCGGCCGCGAUAUCCUCUACAGUCUGUGCCAGUGGGGCCACCAAUUCCCCUGGUACUGGGCGGAUCAGGUCGGCGCCGCUUCGUACCGCAUGUCUGGCGACAUUUACGCGCGGUUCGCCGAGGACAAGGCCAACAUCUGCAAGACGGCGUACUGUCUCAACACCGGGUACGCCGGGGUGAGCGUGCUGACCAUGAUCCGGAAGAUGAGGGAGGUCUCGCCGUUUCAGGCAAAGGAGAAGGCUAGUUGGGCGGACAUGGAUAUGUUGGAGAUUGGGGUCGGGUAUAACCUUAGCGGAAAGAUUGUGUACAUGUCCGAGGUGGAGGAGCAGACGCACUUUUCAUUUUGGGCGGCGCUCAAGUCGCCCCUCAUCAUCGGUGCUGACAUCACGAAGAUCCGGGAGUCGUCGUUGAAAAUACUGCUCAACAAGGACAUCAUCGCGGUCUCGCAGGAUGAGAGAGGCGAGGCUGCGAGAUACUUGCCCGGGUUAUCGAAGGAGGAUGAGGUGCAGGUAUGGGGAGGUGCCAUCGAGACUGGGGGGUACCGCCACGUUGUCCUCGCUUUGAACUACGGGAAGAAUGCCACGAGCAUCGAGGUGCCGUGGAAGGAGAUUGAGGGGUUAGAGGAGUGUCCCGGUGGAGGGUUGAAGGUGAGGGAUAUAUGGGCUGAUGAGGACUUGGGGAUCGUGAAGGAGAAGAUCACUUUGGACGGGGUGGCUGUUGGGCAGACCAAGGUUCUCUUGUUGUCUUGCUAGUUAUGAAAAGAGGUAUCACGGGAGUGAAUCGUUUACCAGGAGACAAAACUUUUUGAAUCGAGCUUUGGUCACCCAACUCUAGAUAUUACUAAACAG